UAUAUUGUUUACCUUUCCUGUGUUUUGUCUGCAUCUUUUCAGAGUUCACGCUGUUCUUAUUAUAUUUUGUAUCCUUGUUUAUACUCUUCCUGACCCAGUGCCUUUGUUUCCGUUUUUUAUCCUGGUUCAUUCAUGCAUGCGCCUUGUGUAUGAACUGCCUUUUGGAAAACUGUGUUUUCAUUCAGUUGCGCUUCUCAUGCCAAUAAAGCAACUCGGACAUAAUUUGAGUAGAAGAUGUAAACUGGAACGUUAAAUUGGAACAUAUAUUCUUCUGUUGGUGAUGUUUUUAGGCUGCUUGGUCCUAUGACGUGGGUUGUAAUAACGGGAACCAUGGCAGAGAUGGAUCAAAGCUCUCGUAAGACCAAUACGGCUGAGGAUUAUAAAAAUAAAUAUUGCGAUGAUCAAUUUUCUGAGGAGGAUGAGCCGGAGGAAUUGCUCGGAUCAGAUGAUGAUGAGCAAGAGGAUCCCAAGGACUACUGUAAAGGUGGUUAUCACUUAGUGAAGAUUGGCGAUUUGUUCAACGGCAAAUACCAUGUGGUCCGAAAAUUAGGAUGGGGCCAUUUUUCAACGGUCUGGCUAGCAUGGGAUCUAAAGGAUCGGCGAUACGUAGCACUGAAGGUAGUCAAGAGUGCUGCUCACUACACAGAAACAGCAGUUGAUGAAAUUAAACUUCUCAAAUGUGUCCGAGAAGCUGAUGAUACCGAUGAAAACAGACUGAAAGUAGUUCAACUUCUUGAUGACUUCAAAGUUUCUGGUGUGAACGGAACUCAUGUAUGUAUGGUAUUUGAAGUGCUUGGAAACAACCUGUUGAAACCUAUUAUACAAUCCAAGUACAUGGGCAUGUCUCUACACAUUGUCAAGAGUAUAAUACGACAGGUUUUAGAGGGUCUAGACUAUUUGCAUACCAAAUGCAAGAUAAUACACACUGACAUAAAACCAGAGAAUAUUCUGGUGUGUGUAGAUGAGUUUUACAUAAGGAAUCUGGCACAGGAGGCCAAGGAGUGGAUGCAAGGCAGUACAAAGCCACCAAUCUCAUCUGUGAGUACUGCUCCUGUUGAAAAAAAACCAGCCGAAAAAAUGUCAAAGAAUAAAAAGAAAAAACUAAAAAAGAAACAAAAACGACAGCUGGAAUUAUUACAACAACAGGAAAAGCAACUUUUAGAUCUGGAUGUGGAGAAGAAAAGAGCCGAUAGCUUAAGUCUACAUGAGAGUAUAUCAGUAAGUUCUCUGGUGUUGUCUGAGAGUGCCUCGCUUGAUCAGGACAGUAUAUCUCAAGGCCCAUCAAGCUAUAGCCUUUCGAGUUUGUCGCUUGAGCCUGGCAGCCUCCAAGUCUCGCAGAGCAUUUCACAGGAGCUUGUCAGUGUACCCGAGAAUUGUGUUGAAGAAAAAUGUGAACCGCAGCAAUGUCCUGAUUCCAAAUUGAACACAGGAAUUGAAGAACGAAAAGAGGAUAGGAACGAGAGGGAAAUUAAUCAAGAAAAUGUGACACAUAGGCCAAAACAAAAUUCAGAUCAACUAAUUAAUAUUGAUGAUGAGAAUAAUCCAACAUUGAAUAAAAAGAACUUGAAUGAAACAUCAAUUAUCAAGCCAACCACUAAUGGAAGUGAGACGAAAACUCCUUUAUGUAAUGGACACACAAACAACAUGCAAGAAAAUAGUUCCAGCAGCAAUGGUCUUGAUGAUCACAAUCAAGAAACGGAAAAAUGGGUGGAGAAGACCGUAGAACAUAUAGAAGAACAGAAGAAAGGCACCGGAAAUAUUAAAAUAGACAACAUAGAUACCACGCUAAUCAAUACCAAGGAUGAGUCACCAGAUUCAACCAGUCAGGUCGCUUCUCCCAAGGAUAUCACCAUGACAACCACAGACUUGGAGGCUGAAGGUAAUGAAGAUGUUACUACUUCUAGAGACCUAGGUGAUAUUAACGUGGAUAGUACAGACCAGAGGCUUGAGGAUGUUGUGGAAGUUGACUAUAGGGCUUUGGAUUAUGACCCCAAUCGAGGUAUUGAGGACCAAAAGCCUAUUCAUGAUCAGUUGAAGGUUAAAAUUGCUGACUUGGGCAAUGCUUGUUGGACGAAUCAUCAUUUUACUGAAGACAUUCAAACAAGGCAAUACCGUGCUCUAGAGGUUUUACUUGGGGCCGGGUAUGAUACGGCUGCUGACAUCUGGAGUACAGCUUGUAUGGCAUUUGAACUUGCUACUGGUGAUUAUCUUUUUGAGCCUCACUCCGGUGAAAACUACUCACGCGACGAAGAUCAUAUAGCUCACAUUUUGGAAUUAGUUGGUAUUAUUCCUAAACACAUCGCCUUUAGUGGAAAAUAUUCAAGGGAAUUUUUUAACAAAAAAGGUGAGUUACGAAACAUAAAGAAAUUGAAACCGUGGGACAUGUACAGUGUUCUACGUGAGAAAUACGAAUGGAAUGAGCAAGAGAGCGAGGAAUUUGUCUCCUUCCUACUACCGAUGCUCGAGUUUGAUCCCAGUAAGCGAGCGACAGCCCGCGAGUGUCUGCAGCAAAAGUGGCUGUAUUCGUGAUGAAGUCCAUGUGUGUAAAUAAUCUGCUGUAAAAAGUCCUUCUGUAAUUUAAUAAUGCAAAGUUUCUGGUCUCUUUGUAAAAAUCCGAAAGUACUGAUUAAAAAACCCCUAUCUUUUUCCAAGCUUGAGGGUGACGCUAACUAGUAUAGUUACUUGUAAAGUAAGAACAAACUUUGAGGAAUAGAAUGUAAGCCAUCAUGAUUAUAUAUUUCUACCUUUAUCUGCUUCUUCUGUUCAUCAUCAUAUUUCUGAAGAUAUAGGUUCAAAAAUGUAAAAUCAUGAUCGUUUGCUUUCAUAUUUUUCGUACUAACUUAAACUUAUGGUGGACCCGAUGGUUAAUCGUAGUGUGUCUUAAGUAAGUUUUUGUGAUUUGUUUAAAGUUUGUUACUGAAAAUGUAUUUCAAGUAUAAUGCCUGUUAUGUGUCACAAAUAAACAGCCCUCGAAAUUAGGAAAAGUAUGCAUUAAAAUGUUUGAAGUGUUAGUAGUUUCAGUGAACGCUAGAAGUCAAUCUAGGCCUUGUGAGGUCCGACUCGCUGGAGCUGCAGUCUUUUUUAUGUCUGGCAACCAUGUUUAGAUGCUGUAAAGAUUUAGCUUAGAAAUAUCGUUCAAGAAUACACAUAAUUAUUGAUUUAAUAAUCAUGUAAAUGUUGUGAUAAAAAAUUCCUCAAGCUUUAGCAGUCAAUUUCGGUUUGUCAAUACUGACACAGGCUUGACAGUUGAUUGGCUCUCUUCAGUUACAUGAAAUGGAAAUGGAUUUUGUUAAAAAUGGAAGCAUAUUUGAUGUUUCGAAAUUAUGAAGGAUUUUAUCAAAUUAACAAUAAACAAUAUAGAAUCAUUGGCAUGAUUGGAAAAUCUUUCAUACGAUGAUAUGAUCACCCAAUGUAUGCUCUAAUUAUGUUAUGCAAGUUGAUACAUAGCAUACUUAAGAGUACAUUCUGUUUGAUUUUAACCAUAUUGUAAUUAUCAUAUAGUGUGAGGCAUGCCAUCCCAAAACCAGCAAUACUGUCACUCAAUGUAACUGAGAUACUAAGAGUAUUGUAUAAUUUAGUACAUGGAAGCUAUAAUACUUUUACUUUAGCAAAAGUAAGUUGCUUCUAGUAAAUUUUUACUUGUUUUGGUCUCUGAUGUUGAUUUUGACAUGGCAAGCCCCGUAAAAAAGACAAUUAACUAGCUUUCAUUUAAAUGAAAGUGUAAUGUAUCAUGUUUAACGAUUCUAAUUAAACCUCUGCUGCUGGCCAGCUUAAGCCUAAGACUGGCGUCAGACAUUUUCUUUGGUGAAAUCUGGCGCCUCAGUGCCAUUGAUUACGUUGUCAUUGCAGAAUGCGGUUGCUAAUUUUGAGGGCCGAGUAAAGUGACAUAUAUCAUGUAAGAUACUUGUGACGUAUUUCAAGUUACUUGUAAUGCUAAUAAAUCCUUGUACAUUUUCCCCCUUGUGAAUAAGAUAAUAGGUUUUUAUUUUCUAUUGUAAAAGAAAAUUGAUUUGAUUUUUUUUUUUUUUGAACUGUAAAAUAUGUCUUGGUCUUAUAAGCACUAUGACAGCUCUGGGGGAUUUUUGCCCCAAGAACUUGAAAAUUUGUCUUAAAAUUGAGACAACCUAAGACUUUCUAGUACUGUGAUUUUUUAAUCAAAUGGUGUUUUUUUUUUCUUGUUGGACUUAAAGAUUUGUUACUUUUUAAAAGCAAAAUUCUGAUUUAUGCAAAGUAGUUAAACACCCGAAAUUCUAAAAACAAACUUUAAUUCUUAUUUAAGUGAGGCUUGAAAAAUGUCAUAUUGGAAAAAUAAACUACCAUUAUUUAAUGUGCACUUUGACAUCGGUGUUUAAAGCAGGCCAUAUUUUGUAGCUGGCAUGAUAUAUUUUUCCCUGCUUCUGGUCUUCUCAACAAGAGCAAGUGGUUAGGUGGAAGUGGGUUGUCAUCAAUAGGAUUGUGCGACAAUUUUGUAAUGGGGCAGCUGUUGAUCAUGUUCUCGAUAAUACUUAUUAGAGUGAUGAGGCUUUUUUCAUCAAAAGUCUGUUGUCGGAGCAGGCAGUACAUGAUGGUCCAAAUUCUACAUUUUUACCUCUCCCAUACGCCUCCCAUGUGUGAUGCCGUCUGUGGAUUAAAUACCAUUUCACAUUUUUCUGGAGCAUGAAGUUGUUAAUUGUGUUGACAUUGCACUCCUCAACUGCCCUUUUCAUCUCUUGUUUAGCACCAAUGAAAUUUGUGCUGUUGUCAGAUAUUACCGCUUGUGGCGAACCACGAUGUGCAGUAAAUCUCUGGAACAUGUUGUUGAACUAGUCCGUUUUCGGGGAAUGUGCAACCUCAAUAUGAAUGUCAUCAUCAGGAAUCAUUCCUGAUGAUGACAUAAUUAAUGUCGAAAUAUUGAAUCCCAACACGAUGGCGUGUAUUUCAAUACUUGGAGUAUCAAUAUGAAUGGGUUAGGUCGUAUUAAUUGGGUCAAAAUAUGGCAAGUCAGAUGCAUCAUGAUAAAAUUAAUGAAAUAAACAUUCCAGUUAAAAUGGUGAAAUUAACAUUGUUUACCAGUUUCUGGAGCUAGACUGCAACACAUACUCCAAUAAGUUUUUAAAAUAAAUUUUACUAACUGUUUGUUGAUUUAAUUUGUGUAAUGAAGUACUAGUGCUAUAUCAAGCCUAAUUAAAGAAAGAACUGAAGUUUGUUUUACCAUAUAUAGGUGUAAUGACUAGAAUAUGUAGUGUAUUGUCAAUUGUGUAGGAAGUACUGCGAAGGGUAGUUUCACGUGAACCGUUCAGAAUUAAAAGCGAAGAUUUCGUGUUACAAGGUCUUACAAGGUCUUACUCAGCACAAAUUUUAGGUAGUGAGUGAUUAGUGCAAACAAAUUGUUGUCUUAGGAAAAAUCAACUUUUCUGAUCUUGACAAUUGCUGCCAGAUUUUUCUAACCAAAUUUGAAAACAAAAGAGUUGCUUUACAAAUGAUCAUCCAGUUUGAAUCUUCUUUAUUAAUAAGUUGAUGAUGGAAUUAGCUUGCCAAUUUAGAAUAGUAAUUGUUUAACUACUUCUGUGCUAUUGAAUAAAAGGCUUUUAAAAAUA